AUGAAGAAGAAGGAGGUGGCCAGUGACGAACCCUGUCGAGAUUGUGCCAAUGUCCCUGGAUACGGCAGCCCUUCCGGUCGAUCAUCAUCCACUGCUGCUCGUCCGAGCGACAAUGGCGGUGGUGGUCGAUAUCUAAGUCCACCGGGCAUGAGCAGCAGCAAUCGCGUUCAGACGCUGAACUCGGACUACCAACCUCGUCAGAGCCAUAGUCAGAGUCACUCCUCGUCUUCUUCUUCUCGGCAUCAAGAACGAUCACAAUCUAAUCGACAAGCUGGUGGAUAUGCCGAAGGUUCCGCUCGAUUCAAUGGGUCUAGCAGAAAUGGCGGAGGCGGUGGCGCCGCCGCCGCUGCUGCUACUACUUCUGUUUCCCGCUCUGGCGGUUCGAGCGUGGACGUGGGGUUCGAGAGAAGACCUGCUUUCGAUCUUAUCGAACGGCGCCCGGGCGGGAACUACGUCGCUACUAGUGGCUCUGGCUCUGGCUCAUCAUCAUCCACCGCUCGACAAACCGGCGCAUCUUCUUCUUCAUCGAGACAUGGUGGUGAAAACCGUGGUGGGUACGAACUCGUCAAGCGCGAACAACCGUGUGAGUAUGCUUCUGCUUCGGCGGUGCCUGGCUCCUCCUCCAGUUCUUCUUCGACGGCGCGUCAACAACGUGAGUAUGCUUCUUCUUCGUCCGUGAUGUCAGGGCCCACCUCCACAUCCACUUCGACAGCGCGUCAUGGGGGUGAUUGUUAUGGACAACUUGUCGAACGUCGACCGACCGAGUACAGCAGCAGAUCCAGAUCUUCCGGGUCUCAGGCCAGCAGCACCACCAUCCGACAAGAUGGCCGACAAGAUGGCCGACAAGAUGGCCGACAAGCUGGUGAAUCUUCUUCCUUGAGAUACGAGUACGGCGGUGACCGAGACCGCCACUUGUACUCUUCUUCUCGCGCGAGCAAGAACGAGGUCGGUAACGUCGGUGGUGUCAGUAUCAGUGGCAGUGUUACAAUCACCACCAGUCGGACCGUCGAGGUCAGCGUCACCUAUGAUUAUUGA